ACACAACUCAGCACUUUUCGUAUGCCAACGCUGCCAACGCGUUUUUGCAUUACUUGAGUUGGCAGCCCCUGCGGACAUUAAGCGAAAUCAUUUGUGGUUUUUGUACAGAAGUUGUGCUCAAUUUUUAAAGGUUUUUUUCAAGAUAUAAACGCGCCAAUUUGUAUAAUUAAGUUUGAAAGUUUCAUCACAAAUCAUAUACAAUGGCUGAUUCCAAGGGCGAUGACCUGGCAACGGCAAUUUUGAAGCGCAAGGAUCGUCCCAAUCGUCUGAUUGUCGAGGAGGCGCAGAAUGAUGACAAUUCCGUCGUGUCGCUUUCGCAGGCGAAAAUGGAUGAGCUGCAGCUCUUCCGUGGCGACACCGUCAUUCUGAAGGGCAAGCGACGCAAGGAGACGGUCUGCAUUGUGCUAUCGGAUGAGACCUGUCCCGACGAGAAGAUCCGCAUGAAUCGCGUUGUGCGCAACAAUCUGUGCGUCCACGUGGCGGACGUUGUCUCCGUGCAAUCCUGCCCGGAUGUCAAGUACGGCAAGCGUGUACGCAUCUUGCCCAUCGAUGACACCACCGAGGGCGUUACGGGCAAUCUCUUUGAGAUCUAUCUGAAACCCUAUUUCCUCGAGGCCUAUCGUCCCAUUCACAUGGGUGACAAUUUCAUUGUGCGCGCCGCCAUGCGCCCCAUUGAGUUCAAAGUGGUGCUCACCGAUCCCGAGCCCUACUGCAUUGUAGCUCCCGAAACGGUCAUCUUCUGCGAUGGUGAUCCCAUCAAGCGCGAGGAGGAGGAGGAGUCUUUGAAUGCUGUGGGCUAUGACGAUAUUGGCGGUUGCCGCAAGCAGCUGGCACAGAUCAAGGAGAUGGUUGAGCUUCCGUUGCGUCAUCCGUCACUGUUCAAGGCGAUCGGAGUGAAGCCACCGCGUGGCAUUCUCAUGUAUGGCCCACCCGGCACUGGUAAAACGCUGAUUGCACGCGCCGUUGCCAACGAGACGGGCGCAUUCUUCUUUUUGAUCAACGGACCCGAGAUCAUGUCCAAGCUGGCCGGCGAAUCCGAGUCGAAUCUGCGCAAAGCAUUUGAGGAGGCCGAAAAGAACUCGCCGGCCAUUAUUUUCAUCGAUGAAAUCGAUGCGAUUGCACCCAAGCGCGACAAGACGCACGGCGAGGUGGAGCGUCGCAUUGUGUCGCAGCUACUGACGCUGAUGGACGGCAUGAAGAAGAGCUCGCACUUGAUUGUCAUGGCGGCCACCAAUCGGCCCAAUUCUAUUGAUCCAGCGCUGCGUCGCUUCGGGCGUUUCGAUCGUGAAAUUGAUAUUGGUAUUCCGGAUGCCACCGGCCGCUUGGAGGUGCUGCGCAUACACACCAAGAACAUGAAACUGCAUGAGGAUGUUGAUCUUGAGCAGAUUGCUGCCGAGACUCACGGUCAUGUCGGUGCCGAUUUGGCUUCGUUGUGCUCGGAGGCUGCGCUGCAGCAAAUCCGUGAGAAGAUGGAUCUGAUCGAUCUGGAAGAUGAUAAAAUUGAUGCCGAAGUGCUGGCCUCGCUGGCUGUCACCAUGGAGAACUUCCGGUAUGCGAUGACCAAGUCCAGCCCAUCGGCGCUGCGCGAAACGGUUGUGGAGGUGCCCAACACCACCUGGACAGACAUUGGCGGCCUCGAGAACGUGAAGAAGGAGCUGCAGGAGCUGGUCCAAUACCCAGUCGAACAUCCCGACAAGUUCCUCAAGUUCGGCAUGCAACCAAGCCGUGGCGUUCUCUUCUACGGCCCACCCGGUUGCGGUAAGACGCUGCUGGCCAAGGCCAUUGCCAACGAAUGCCAGGCAAAUUUUAUUUCGGUGAAGGGACCCGAGCUACUGACCAUGUGGUUCGGCGAGUCCGAGGCCAAUGUGCGCGACAUCUUUGACAAGGCCCGCUCGGCGGCACCUUGUGUGCUCUUCUUCGACGAGUUGGACUCGAUUGCCAAGGCUCGUGGCGGCAAUGUCGGCGAUGCUGGCGGUGCUGCCGAUCGUGUUAUCAAUCAGAUUCUAACCGAAAUGGAUGGCAUGGGUGCCAAGAAGAAUGUGUUUAUUAUUGGCGCCACCAAUCGGCCGGAUAUCAUUGAUCCGGCCAUUUUGCGUCCGGGUCGCUUAGAUCAGCUGAUCUAUAUUCCAUUGCCCGAUGAUAAGUCACGUGAGGCUAUACUUAAGGCAAAUUUGCGCAAAUCGCCGCUGGCCAAGGAGGUCGACCUGACAUACAUUGCCAAGGUGACGCAGGGCUUCUCGGGUGCCGAUUUAACCGAGAUCUGUCAGCGCGCCUGCAAGCUGGCCAUUCGACAGGCGAUUGAGGCCGAGAUACGCCGCGAAAAGGAUCGGGCCGAGAACCAGAACUCCGCUAUGGACAUGGACGAGGAUGACCCAGUGCCGGAGAUAACGCGUGGCCACUUUGAGGAGGCAAUGAAGUUUGCUCGUCGCUCCGUGUCGGACAACGAUAUACGUAAAUACGAGAUGUUCGCCCAGACUUUGCAACAGUCCCGUGGAUUUGGACAAAACUUUAGAUUCCCCGGUAAUGCCGGCAACACCUCAGGGUCUGGCACCAAUAUGCCAGUUAACUCGCCAGGCGACAAUGGCGAUGAUGAUCUUUAUAGUUAGAUUUCUAGUUUUACAAAAGACAAAAACCACAAUUUUUAAAUGAAUUUUUCCUCCUAAAACAACAACAACAACAACAACUAAAACAAAACAGAACCGGGCGACAACCACAACAACAGCAACAAUUUUAAACACAUUCAGCGUGAAGGCAGAAGCGGCCAAUCAAGUGUAGCAGCAGCGCCAUCAUCAGCAGCAGCAGCAAACCGUAGAAAACAACACAAAAUACAGCUCAACAACAACAACAACAAAAGCAAGAACAACAUAUUAAAAUAAUAUAAUUCGAUAACAAAAAUUUGAUACCAAUCCGUGUAUCAAAUUGUAAUUUGUAAUUGGCGCCUCUCAAAAACCAGAAGAACAUUAGCCUCACUUAUCAUUCGUGCAUUAUCGGAGAGUAGAUGAGCGACCGAUAUUGGAGUUCUAUAUACAUUAUAAUGAUAAUAAACAAUACACAUAUACACAUACAUACAUAUAUUAAACAUCUUAAAAUUAUAAGUGUAUUUGGAGCUACGUUUUUAAGUGAAUAAAAAUUAUAAAGUCGGA